AUGAGGGGCCGAGGAGCCAGAGGAACAUUCCAGGGGCCGCGGGACUGGGCGGCCGAGGAGGAGCCGGGACGAGCCCACGGACCUCACGUGCCACCGCCGGGGAUGCUGGCCAGGUGGUGGGGAUGCUCACCGGAGGUGGUGAAGGGUGACCCAGUGGGCUCCGCAGCAGAUGUCUGGGGUGUUGGCGUCCUCACCUACAUCAUGCUCAGCGGACGGUCACCAUUCUUUGAACUGGACCCCAUUGAGACAGAGAACCGGAUCCUGGCAGGGCGCUUUGAUGCCUUCAAGCUGUACCCCAACGUCUCACAGAGUGCUGCCCUCUUCAUACGCAAAGUCCUUGCCGUCCACCCCUGGAGCCGCCCCACGGUGAAGGACUGUUUUGCCAACCCCUGGCUCCAGGACGCCUACCUGAUGAAGCUGCGCCGCCAGACCCUGACCUUCACCACCAACCGCCUCAAGGAGUUUCUGGUGGAGCACCAGCGGCGCCGCAGCGAGGCCGUCACCAAGCACAAGGUCUUACUCCGCUCCUACCAGGGCGGCCAGCCGCCGGGGCCGCAGUAGCCAACACCUCAGCCGCGGCCAUGAGGGGCCGAGGAGCCAGAGGAACAUUCCAGGGGCCGCGGGACUGGGCGGCCGAGGAGGAGCCGGGACGAGCCCACGGACCUCACGUGCCACCGCCGGGGAUGCUGGCGGUCGGCAUCAUUUUGGCGGUGCCGAGGGAGAGAGCAGGCGCUGCCCCAGCCGUCCCGGCAGUGGGGUCCAGCAGCGGGAAGCCUUGCUGGGAGGAACGGAGGAUGGGGCAGAGGGUCAGGGGAAGGACGGGAUGGGGACUGGGGGGGCCAAGAGAGCAGAGAGCCACCAGCCCGCUGGCUAGCCCCUCGCGCUGCAGGUCCCGUCAGCCGUGUGCCUUACGCCCCAGCCUGCAGCUGGCCACGGCACGGGGGUCCCUGCACUCCCCCUUGAUUUGCACGCCAGUGCACCAGGACUGAGGCUGCUCCAGGGGUUCCUGCAGGGGGGGGUGCCCCUGCAGCCCCCCCCCCCCCCC